AUGAAUCUGAAAACUCCGCUAAGUCAGUGGCUGCAUUUAGUUUAUAAAAUGCAUUACAGUUCUGAGAACUUUGGAUCCAGAUUGCUCUACUUGAAUAAGUUCAGUAACUUGAGUAACUGUACAACACAAGUUAACAACAGAACUACGGAAACGACGAUUAAAUUACAGGCAGUAAACUGUGUAAACAGAAUUAUAACUGUGCCAUUGUUUCAUCACAAUAUAUUUGUAUCCUAUUCACUUGCCCAGUUGCGAAAAUUUCACACAGAGCACAACAAAGGACGUCUGUGUAUGAAAUCAUCGCCUUUGUUAUUUUCUCACUGCCAAAGACAUUGUUGGAACUGUGGACGCAACACUAAUCCAACCCGAGAACUAUUUUUCUGUGACUGUGGUGUUGUACAGAAACCUGCCUGUGAGUUAACCUAUUUUGACCUGAUGCAGCUGAAGCCUUCGUUUGAUAUAGAUACCAAGAGCCUCGGGGACAUGUUCAGAGAAACUCAGAAAAGAUUACAUCCAGAUAAAUUUUCAGGCAAAAAACAGGAGGAGAUAGAUUUGGCACAGCAGCAGUCGGCUCUGUUGAACAAGGCCUACAACACCCUUCUAAAACCAUUAAGCAGAGCUAUUUAUUUGCUAGAGCUGCAGAAUAUUGAAAUCUCAGAGAAGGAUAAUUUCACGGACCCACAGUUUUUAAUGGAAAUCAUGGAAAUCAAUGAACAGAUAAGCGCAGCCAAGAAACCCAGUGAUGUUGAAGCUUCAGAGAAACUUAGUGAUGCCAGGAUAGAAGAAUGUAUAAAAGAAAUCUCAGAACAUUAUAAGAAAAAUGCCUGGAAUGAUAUGAAGAAAGCUACUAUAAAGCUGCGUUAUUACACAACAAUACAGGAACGGAUUAAUGAGAUUAAGAGAAGUUCUUUAGGGUAG